UGUCAAAAGAUUUCGCUGGUAGUUUAGUUGCUGAUCAUCCCUGCUAUGACGCCAGCAACAAGGAAGUGAAGCUCCAGCAGGAAAAAAAAAAUACUUCGCCAAAAAUUGAGAAUAUCACUGAGCAUUCACAUAAAAACUCCAAGACUGCUGGAGCCUACUCUGGAGAUUUCUAUAUUUUAUCGAAUUUUUCCUGAUUUUCUUCCAGCCGUAUUGUGUGUCCAUCAACCCGCUUUUGCCGCCAAAAGGAUACACUAUCCUCGCCAAGACCGCCGCCCACAACAGUGAAAUUCUCGCUCUCCACCGAAAAACUUAUCACCCAACGAAAUCUUUAUCAACUCUUCAACCUUCAACCGCCAACCGCCAACCGCCCAACGAAAUCUUUUUAUCAACUCUUCAACCUUCAACCGCCAACCGCCAACCGCUAACCUCAUCUCCCUCCACCCUACCCCUCGUCCUAGAUCAGAUCAAGCCAUUUACAUCUCCGUAUACCAACAAGAUGGCUCCCGCACCCAACACCCUCCUUAUCGAGGGCACGUUUACCGAGCUAGCAGACGAGCUGGCACAGUACAUCGACGCGAUCCGCAAAGUUGAAAAGGGCGUCAAUGCAGAGAUCACACCGGCGCUUGAUGCCCUGCGGGAGAUGGAGCAGACAGAGGAACCCAGUGCUGCGCAGAGCCAGCAGAUUCUGGCAAAGAGAGAUGAGGUCCUGAAGAAAAUUGUUGUGGCUGCGCCUGCUUUGAAUGCGGCUCCUGAGAAAGAAAUCACCGCUGCUUAUAAUCUUCUCAUCCAUCUCAUCCGCCAAUCUUCGUCCGUCAACAUGUUCCUCCCACGCAUCUGUGGAUAUCUCGCCAAACCGCUUACAUCCUCCCCACAGCAUGGCUCAAGCCUGGCUAUCUCAAUCCUUUCUACAAUUUUCAACACCCUCGCGCCACAGGAUACAGGCCGCUAUCAUGUCUUCCUGGCUAUCCUUGCAGUCAUCCGCCAGGCACCCUCAUUAUUUGCAUUUUCUGCCCUGAAAUCACAGCUAAAAACCCAGCUCCCCACAUGGCUGGAAUCCUGGGAUCUUGAUGAGGAGGAUCUCCAACGCCUCCAUAUUGCUAUUUCUGAUGCAGCCAAGGAUGCUGGUGACCAAGAACUUGCACACUCUCACCUGGUCUCUGCUCUACGGGCGAUCCCGCCUUCAGAAGCUUCCUCCACAGAAGCACAUGACCUUGCUCUCCGGGCGUUGCUCUCAGCCCUCACCUCCCCCUCAGUCUUUGAUUUCACCCCCCUUACUGCCUCCGACGCCAUACAAUCCUUACGAACAAGUGAACCUCACCUCUUUGAGCUCCUUGAAAUCUUCGCUGCAGACACCCUAGAUGCGUAUGAGGAUAGCAUAAAAACCACACCUCUAUCUACCAUUCAUAACCUCUCUACAUCCGCUGAGAUCCUUCAAACGAAAAUGCGCCUCCUUACUCUUGCCAGCCUCGCAGCCUCCACCCCAUCCCGCUCAUUACCAUACGACUCAAUUGUCAACGCUCUGCGCAUCCCCCGUGAGGAUGUGGAAAAAUGGGUCAUUGAUACCAUCCGCGCAGGGCUUGUGGAGGGCAAACUCAGCCAGCUGAAGGGUGAGUUCCUCGUGCACCGCGCGACCUACCGGGUAUUUGGCGAGAAGCAGUGGGCGGAGGUUCAGGGGCGGUUGAUGGUCUGGAGACGCAGUCUGGAGAACGUCCUGGACGUGGUUAGGACCGAGAAGGAAAAGUUUGUGCGGGAGGAGAUGGCUGCGGCGAGUGCGGCGGCUGCGGCUGCGGAGAGUGGCGCGCAGAGAGGUGGGGAGAGGAGAAGGGGAGGCGGUGGACAUCAUCAGAGACAGCACCAGCAGGAGCAGCCGAGGGAGGUUGAGCUAGUUGGUGGGGGGGAUUAGGCUUUGAUUUCCUCUAUUUUUUUUCCAUUUUCCAUUUUCCUCCUUUUAUCUGACUCGACGGUUUUCCUUUGUUGUACGGUACUUGCAUUCCCGUCUAAUUGCCUUUCCUUUCUAAUUCCAUUUCCGUUUUCUUUUUUUUUUUUUUUUAUCUUUUUCUUCCCUUUCUUUGGGCUUGUUAUUACGGAUGAAAUGCUCCCUGUUUUCCUUCAAUGCUGUUAUUCAAGAAAUGGUCCUUUUUCCCCUCCGCUUUCCGUAAGUUUCUACGCCACAUGAGAUCAAGAUUCUUUAAAACCUCCCCCCCCCCGCGUUUCCCUUGUAACUAUGUUUAAAAAAGAUUCCUACUACCCUGGCUGUCUUGUUUUUUGCUCGUUUUUAUUGUUCAUCUACUUCCCGGAGUGCGUGGGGUGAGUGGAGUGGGUAUUACAUUCCGUUUAUGAAGGCAAUUGACGAAACGAGGCCAAAAAGAAAAAACGAAAAUAGAUCUGAUUAUUGAUAAAAUAUUAUACAUGAAGGGUUCAAACCGGGAAAAGUGCAAAAUUAGGACGUUCGUCUAAAUUACCUCCUUAUGCCCCUUCUUUCCCUGCUUCGGCCUGUUUGAAAAGUUAUAUCCAUGUCUAAUCUUUACUGCACCCACCGUAAUUUACACAUGCAGCUACAUACAAUAAUAUCAAUACCGCAAGAGGGAGAUGGACUAGGACAGGAAGGACUGCGGUUUUCGAAGUAGGAAGACAAGACAAUGGCAGGACCUAACCAGAGCGGAUACAAGAUAUUAAAUGUCGUUUAUGUUGCGGGAAGGGGUUCGAACGUUCGUUCCUACACGAUAUUAAGAAACCGACGCCAGAGCUUCUCUUGGGAGACUCGGAAGACGGUGGAGGAUCAGUUGCAUGCGUGGACAAUGCCCUACGCAAAUGUCACCAUACGUUCAUUCAGAGCUCGCUGUUUCCAAGAGAGCCCCUAUGAUCGAAAUGUCUUUAAUAAAUUCGAAAGGUAGGAGUAUUAUUGAGGGGGGAAAUCCGUCUAUCUAUGUGCGAGAAAAAUCAAUAUCCAUCUCAACCCGCCAUGCUUCGCAAAAAGGAAUUUAAGAUCCGCAGUAUAAAUAAUAACAUCAAGCCGUGCGCACUCCCUUGCACACGUUCUUCAACCGGUCCACCCAUCGCCCCGUAAAAGGGAGGGUCACCAUAUUCAUAUCUCUCCCUUCCCAUCACAAUCAAUUCUCCCCAGACCCCUUUACCCGCGUAAUCCCCCUCUUCUCCACACCCUCCCUAAUCCGCGCAUAAACCUCCUCCAUAGUCCCCACCGCUUCCACACUAACCACCUUCCUCUCCUUCUCAUAGUGGUGUAUAACCGGCAUACUCGUCUCCUCAAAGACGCGGAACCGCUUGCGGAUAGACUCAAUGUUAUCAUCGUCACGCCCGCUCGUCUCGCCGCGCUUCAACAGCCGGUCCAGCAUGACGUCCUCGGGGCAGCGGAGGAAUAGUGUGGCCGCGGAGGGACAUACCGUCUCCUCGAAGAAGGUUGCCUGGUCCAUCUUGCGCGGGAAGCCGUCGAUGAGGAAACGUGCGGGUAGACUGGAUGGGGAGUUCUUUUGUUGGUCUUGUUCUAGUUGGGCCCUCUCCGCUCUUGCCCGUUCGAGGGUCUCAGACAUAGCGUUUGACAGCAGCGCCACGGUAAUCUCCAUAGGCACGAUUAUGCCCUCGCGAAUAUGAUGGCGGAUCAGGUCGCCAUAUUGCGAGCCGGCGCGUUGUUGUUCGGCACGCAGCAGGUCGCCUGCAGACAGGUGCGUGAAGCCGUAAUCGCGGACGAGGUUGGCGGAUUGGGUGCCCUUGCCUGAACCCGGGCCGCCGAGGACGAAGAUUACGGUGACGGCGUCCGGGGAGAAUUUCGGGGUGGUAUUGGUGGAGGAGAGAGGCGGGGUGAGUUCAGCGGGGAUUGAGAUUGAGUCUGCUGUGGCUUCAGCUGUCGCUGUCUUCUGCUGGGACGACAUUUUUCGGAGCGCGCGAUUGGACGAGGAGGGCGUAGGAGCCGCUGCCGAUCAGGAUGAUUAUGAUGCAGGGGAGGAUUUUGAACUCUGAAGAGGAGGGUUUUCGGGGCGGGGGUCUGUUUGGAGUGGUGCUGGAGGAGGUGGGGGAAGAGAGUUGAGAGCGGGAGGAAAAGGAGGCGGUCUGUUGUUGGUAGUGGCGGGGUGGUCGCUGUUGGUGCGGGAAUAUGUGCACGCGGGCAGCCCGAGCGGUGGAUGGGGAGGGAUUGAGUCGUACAGAGGCAAGACGGGGCGCACUGGUGAACAGACGAGGGAGAGAGAGCGGCAUUCCUUGCGCCUGGGUGUCAAGUGAAUGGAAGUUAUAGAAAGGAAGGUUGAAUUGGCUGGUUAUAUCUAAGCUAUCUACGGAGUAGUGGGAGUUAUUUGGCGGAAUUUCCUGAAUAACGUUUGGAGAAAUUUUUUUUUUUUUGGUCGGCGGUUUGCUUGGACUGGAAAAACACUGCGCCGAACAGGGCUUUGUAUUUAAUCCGUACCCCAAGAGGUUACACCCAAACAAGCAAGAUGAAGCUUACAACAAAUGACGAACCAAUCUCUAAAGAGCGUUCUUGUUUACCAAUAGACGAGGUUGAUUACAUUUUUCGUCGCUAGAGACUAUUUCCUCCGUAGGUUGUUAGGGUCAAUAAUGCAAAGGGACUUCUUGCAUCUGGCCCAACAGCCCACAAAGGACCAGACGUGAGAAAUAGAUGUAUUUGACUGAAAUGACCCCUCCAAUCAUGUAAACAAACGAGGGGGCAUUAUUAUUAUGGAGGAUCAGCUCGACCUUUACAAAGCACUAACCACAGCCAAGCUAUAGUUAGCUAGCUCCUCGUAUGGCGCCAGUACUCCGUACACAUAAGUACAUAUAUGGUCCUUCGGCUCUCCAUGCCGACCUCUACCUUCCCCCAUACGUGUAGGAUACGUACUCAAAAGGGAUGGCUUCCUAGACUCGUUAGCGACGACUUUUUCACCCUUUGUUGCUCUUGCGGAUACGACCUUCCGCUGCGUGUAGCCGUUUUCUCGAUGAAUAUACGACUUCGAUGACGUUUCUGUGGGAUGCGAGGACUCCCCUAUCCAAUUUUGUUUUGGCUUCCGAACGGGGUUGAUCGUUAUUGAGCCG